CGGAGUAUCUUAAGUGAGAAAACAAAAAUAAGCUUAGGCCCACAGUUGCGUAUAGGCUCUAGUGUCACGGGACUAUUCAAUUCCAAAGUAGAACAUUUAGGCUACAGAGGGAAGCAUAGACUGAGUUACUAAAUCAGCGCGUUUAAAAAAUAGCCUGCGGUGCGCUAUACUUCCUAUUUACUGAGAGCAACCCCUGGCAUGUGAGAAACGUCAACCUGUGUUUGAAACGAUCUGUUAAUUGUCAUGUCUGGACCAGGGUACCCCUCCCCUCACCAGGGUCCUUACCCCAUGCCCCAACCUGGUGGAUACUCCAUGCCCCCAUACCCCAUGUCCGAGCCAGGCUACGGUGACCCCGGCCAAGCGCCUCCUGCUGGGUUUCACAUGGGUUACCAGCCCUCUCCGGACCAGCCGGUCAUGUACCAACCCGGCCCGGUUGGCCAAGGUCCAGCCAUGCCAAUGCACGAGUAUGGUGGGUCCCCCCAGUACCAGCACUCGGGGCCAGGAGCUCCCCCAUACCAGCAGCCUGGACCAGGAGCUCCUCCAUACCAGCAGCCAGGGCCAGGCGCUCCCCCAUACCAGCACUCAGGACCAGGAGCUCCUCCAUACCAGCCCUCAGAACCAGCUGCGGCAGUGACCCCUGCGCCAGUCUCAGUGCCAGCGGGUGUGCCACCGGGCCUGGAGUACCUCGCACAGAUUGAUCAGAUUUUGAUACAUCAGAAAGUCGAGCUUCUGGAAGCGUUCAUCGGCUUUGAGACCAACAACCAGUAUGAGAUCAAGAACAGCAUGGGGCAAAAGAUCUACAAGGCCAAGGAGAAGAACGACUGCUGCACUCGCAACUGCUGUGGCUCGCUACGCAGCUUUGACAUGAAGAUUAAGGACAACAUGGACCGCGAGGUCAUCCGGCUGAUCCGCCCCUUCCGCUGUGUGUCCUGCUGGUGUCCCUGCUGCCUUCAAGAGAUGGAAGUACAAGCACCGCCUGGUACCACCAUUGGUUAUGUCUCCCAGGACUGGCAACCUUGCUAUCCCAAAUUCUCUAUCCAAGGCCCAAACCGUGAGACAGUGAUGAAACUAGAGGGGCCAUGCCUUGCCUGCAAUUGCUGUGGAGAUGUGAACUUUGAUCUGAAGGGGAAAGAUGGUGGUCAUAAGAUUGGCCGUAUCAGUAAGCAGUGGAGUGGUCUGCUCAAAGAGGUGUUCACAGACACGGAUAACUUCGGUAUCCAGUUCCCGAUGGACAUGGACGUCAAAAUGAAGGCGGUGCUGAUGGGUGCUUGCUUCCUUAUCGAUUUCAUGUUCUUUGAGAAAGUUGGGGAGACCAAUCAGCGCAACACUGUUUUCUCAUAAGAGGAUGAGAAGCGAAUCCGCCUGUAUCGUCUCUUCCUGAAGAUGUCCGAACCCUUCUGCCGGGUUUUCUCCUCGUCCAUAGGUCAUCUCCGCAUCCCCCGUGGGAAUGACAUGCUCUUUCCCGCCCUCCAGCUUAGGCUCUUCUUCAGCCACUCCGGUGCUAGUGUUUGGCUCGCUCCAGUAAGACAUUUGUUGCUUCAGAAAUAAGAACGUUUAACCUUUUCUACUCAACUGUCACUUCCUUCCUUUUCUUUGGUCACUCACUCCCUUUCACACACACGCACGCACGCACGCACACACACACACCACACCACACAUGUUAUUACCACAUUUGUAUCAGGUUCAUAUUCACCACAGCUACUACUUUUUAUAGCCAUUGUUAUUUACCAAAUAUCAAAGUUUGUUUGAAAUAGUAGAUAUUUUUUGCACUUCUUAUCUGAAAGGGUCAUUUUAUACAACAAUGCAGUUUUUUUUAAUCAUCCUGGUUUGUGUUAUGAUGUGUUUAAGUUGAUUUCUUAAUGUAUUCAUCUUUUUUUGUAACGUUUGACGUAUGUAUACGCACAUAACAGUGAAAAUGUGUCAACAGAAGUAGGUGUGCCGCAAUUGAGAUGUUGUUGUGUAAGUUUGUAUUAGCUGGGAAGGCAGGAGAGGGAGUGAGUGAGUGAGGGAAAUCUACUCUGAGUCACUUUUUCCUCCGAGGUCACUGGAAGUUUGGACGUUGGGCCAAUAGGAAGGAAAGUCAACAGCACAUUGACCCUGUUACAGUUUAACAACAGAUGGAGGAAGUUUACAUGUGGGGACGCAGGGGGGUAUCUUAGGUUGCAAAAUAGAGGGCACACUGGACUGUAGGAAUGCUCUUAUUCCCAUGCAAGAAAGCUUUACAUGAUCACAGUACAUGCCUUAACACAUGGGCUUCAUAGGGUGUGGAAAAGUCCCUCCAGAGAGCUUUAUAGGUUCAGCCAAGGAGAAAUGACAUCCAUCUGUUUUGAAUGUAGCAGCUAGAAAGCAAGACACGGGGCGCGGGGAACAUCAGGUCUCCUAGAAAAGGCUGCGUUUGUCUUGGGCUCACUCUCCAAAUCAGCUUGUUGUCAGGGACUGAAGAGUGGUUCCUGUGUGUGGAGAAAACAAACCUUCCAAAAGAGCGCGGUGUAAUGACACGCACGGGAGAGGAGGGAGAGGCCGAGUGGAAAUUCGGAUCAUGUGGGACCCACAGCCGCAGCCAACAGAACAGGAUUAUCAAGUUCUCCGUCCAGUCACGUUUUAGUGCCUUUCGAAACAACGCCUCUGCGUGAACACCUGAGGUGUAAUGAUGAUGAUUUAUGCAUCAUAUAUCAUGAUACUGAUUUCUGGUCAGCUCUUUAGACUGGGUUUAUUUAGUGGGUGGCCUGUUGGUUUGGUUAGUUGAUUGAGGUAAAGCCAAAAAACUUAACAGGGGUGUUGUGUCUCAUCAAAUCUGAAUAAUGAAACCACUGCCUUAGAACUUUGACAUUUCUACAUUUUUUGUCCAGUUGUGAUGUUUAUGUUCAGUGUUUCUCUCUCACACACACACACACACACACACACACAUACAUAUCUAUAGUAUAUUUACUAUAUGUGUAUUUAUAUAUAUUAUACAUUAGUAUCAUACACUGUGUGCCAUAAUACCAAAUGGAUUAAAACCGCAAUUUUCUCUGAUUGUCUGUCCAUGUAACUGUGGUGCUGAAUUACCAAAAACCAAAGUGCUUUCAUUCCACGAUCAAUUCAUGCUGAUGUCAAUGUUAUUAUUUUUUUUAGAAAUGAACCACUUUAUAUCAUGUCCAAAUAUUGUAUAAUAAACAAUAACCAGCGUA